CAACAAACUAAAAUUCCCACCGCGGUGAGGGAAUAGGCGUCGAUCUCCAACCCCAACCCCAACCCCAAAUCCAGUUGUUCUCCUUCCUCUUCUUCCCCGAAUCCAAUUUCAUCGCCGCCGACGCUUUUCUUUUUUAUUUUCUUCUCCAAAUCCGAUUGCCGACGCUCUCCUUCCUCUUCUUCCCCAAUCCAAUUUCAUCACCGCCGACGUCCUCCUUCCUCUUCUUCUCUAAGCAUAGCGACUGCCGGCCUGCCUCCACCAUCCUAGGGUUUGCGGGAGAAGGUUUGCUGAUGAGGGAAUUGGAAUGAAGUUUGGUGAUGAGGGAAUUGACGAAGGGUUUUUUCAGAAAGCCACUGUAAAAUAAUUUUACGCCCAUAGUGGAAAACAUCAAUCGACACGCUGGCUUCGGUUGACACAUCGGCGGCAAGGGCUCAAUUGAGGCAAGAGCCAUUGUUAGUGCUCUUAGGGCUCGGUCCGCGUUUCGCUACUGGCAUGAGGGACGGGAAUGGAAGGCAACUUAAUUUAGUUCAAGGUAAAGGACAUGGUCGAAUUCGAGAGAUUUUUAAUGGAUUGUGUACUCUAAUUUUACUUCUCCUUCUCCUGUAUUACAACCAUGGGAAUUCCGUAUCGGUAUCGGAUCGAAUUUUAGGGUUUCGGUCAUCGAUCCCUAAACCGAGCUUAGAUAAGGGGUUUUCAGGUAUUAGAAGGGAAAUAAUGGAGCUUAGCUCUCAGUCUUCAAUUAAUCUAAAUUCAUCCGAUUCUAAUUCUAUGGAUGUGGAAGACUCUAUACUUUGUUCGGGGUUGCAUGAUCACAAGGGAUACGAUAGUAGCUGUGAGCUCUUGAAAGCACGCCCUCAGUGUAAAUCACAAGGAUUUUUGGAAUACCUUAAGUUCUACUAUUGUGACUGCCAUGAGAGUGGAUGGACUUUUUUGGUAUUGGGUGUCUGGCUUGCUGCAUUGUUCUAUCUAUUAGGCAAUACGGCUGCCGAUUAUUUCUGUAUUUCUUUGGAGAAGCUUUCGAGUCUGUUGAAGCUCUCUCCAACUGUUGCUGGAGUCACUCUGCUUCCUCUUGGGAAUGGUGCUCCUGAUGUAUUUGCUAGUAUUGCGGCUUUUGUAGGGACUGGAGCCGGGGAGGUUGGGCUCAACAGUGUGCUCGGAGGAGCAGUUUUUGUUACUUGCAUCGUUGUCGGGGCUGUUUCACUUUGUGUUGCGCAACAGGACGUCCGGAUUGAUAACAAGUGUUUUGUAAGGGAUAUUUUGUUUUUCAUCUUUACACUUAUGGCCCUUUCAUUGAUCUUGUUUGUUGGUAAAGUGACUGUGUGGGCUGCUACUGCUUUUGUAUCGAUUUAUGUAGUGUAUGCCUUUGUCGUUGCUGCUAAUGAACUGUUGAGGACCCAUACCCAAAGGCUGAAAUUGGAUGCCUUUACUCCAUUGCUUCCAGUUGCAGGAAGUCUGUUUUCCAUGGGAAAUCAAGAGGAUGAGCCCAUGUUUAGCUCAUUGCUUGAGGUUGAAACCGAGAGUAAUGCGCAGUCACAUGCUUCGUUGCCGCAGUGGAUGUGGGCUACUAAUGUGGCAAUAUACUCCAACCAAGCGACACUGAUCAAUGACGGAGACAAGAAUCUGUGGGGAUGGAAUGAGGAAGAUACGGAAGCACAUCGGCCAUUGUUUUCAUUUUCAAAGCUAUGUUCUCUCAUGCACUUGCCGUUAACAGUUCCAAGGCGACUCACUAUUCCCUUAGUAGACGAAGAGAACUGGUCUAAGGUAUAUGCUGUUGGCUGUGCCUUAUGUGCACCAAUUCUUCUUGCAUUUCUAUGGAAUACUCAAAACGAUAUCAGUUCUCAGAGCCGGAUAAUUGCAUAUCUAGUUGGUGUUUCAGUUGGUUGCAUGCUCUGUAUUCUUGCAUACAAGCACACUAGGCCUGAGCACCCUCCUAACAAAUUCUUGCUCCCUUGGGUUUUAGGAGGGUUUUUGAUGAGCAUUGUUUGGUUCUACAUGAUAGCUAACGAGCUCGUGGCUCUGCUUGUUGCAUUUGGUUUGAUUAUUGGUGUCAACCCUUCAAUCCUCGGGCUGACGGUGUUGGCUUGGGGAAACUCAAUGGGAGACUUGGUUUCAAAUGUUGCAUUGGCAAUGAAUGGCGGGGAUGGUGUGCAGAUUGCCAUGUCUGGAUGCUAUGCAGGUCCCAUGUUCAACACAGUCAUCGGAUUGGGUGUCUCGAUGCUGCUUAGGGCCUGGUCUGAGAAAUCUGGUUCUUUUACAGUCCCACGAGAUGUAAGCUUGUAUUACACACUAGCAUUUCUCAUGACAGGACUCACUUGGGCAUUGGUGGUUUUGCCCCGAAAUCAUAUGCGUCCCAGCAAGAUGCUCGGGGCAGGCCUCAUCGCCAUAUAUCUGGUAUUUCUGUGUUUUCGGCUGGGAUCGGCUACUGGUUUCUUUCCUAUGGCUGGGCUUAAUUGAUUUCAUUAGGCAGCUGGUGUAAGAUUCUUGAUCUUCGGGGAUAACAUUGCAUGCAUGAAUGAUUCUUGCAGGAGAGAAAUUUCUUGUGUACUGUAUAUUGCUUUAGUGCAAAACCUUAUGUGAUCUUGUUGUGCAUAUGAAAAAGGUAACUUUUAAAGAUCAAAGUAGUUUCUUUGUUUAACAGUGUACAGAAAAUCACUCAGAUUUUUACCAAUAUUAAUUAAAGGAGGGAAUUAGGGUUUGGCAAGUUGGCAUGU